AAAAAAUUGAGUAGGUAGGCCAAAUUCAGUUAUCCAAAUUCAGUGAUUCUACAAAGUUUCAAGGCAUGUAUAAAAGGAGGAUGCUGCUAUUCUUACAAAUCCUGGUGACUUUUGCUGUCUUGAAAAACAUACAUUGUAAUGGUACAUUGUGUAACGGAAACUGGGCAGAUAAUGAUGAGGUGUGUUGUGGUGGGGAAAUAUAUCAAAAAUUCCAGAAUUCAAAAGAGAUGGCAUGCUGUACGCGGUCAGGGAAGACAGAAUUAUAUCCCAUGGGUGAGAAAAUUUGUUGUGGGGAACAACUGAUUCCAGUGCAACCAAACCAAAGCCUUGCAUGCUGUAACAAGGAGCUAAUAGACAUUAACAUAUAUUCAUGUUGCGGUAAUAAAGACUUUGGAAGGAAAUACAAGUCUGGAAAAUGUUGUGUAGAUUGGGAUAAUAAGACAGUUGGCAUCCAUGAAGGUCUUAAGGGUCGCAAAAAAUGUUGCAGCACAGAGGUAUAUAACAAAGACACAGAAAGAUGUAUAUAUGGACCCCUGAAUAAACACAAAAUUAUAGUAAGAAAGACAUCAAUGAGGAAAUGUGGGACUAAGCAAUUUAACUCUGACACCUCAUUAUGCUGCGAACAAAAUGAAAUGGUCAUUCCAAAACCACCAGUUAAAAGUGGUGGUAAGCAACCUUACUGGAUUUGCUGGAAUGACAAAGCUUAUGAUGCAAAUUUAUACUAUUUGGAUGAAAAAACAUCUCGAGUAAUUCUGAUAGGGUUGGCAAGUUGUGACAAUGUUGAAUAUAAUCCUAGUGCGCAGAUGUGUUGUGGCAACAAGUUAUUCCCAAGAAAUCCUGGAAAGAAUUCCACGUGCUGCGGCAAUGGAAUCUGGGACCUUGAUGAUACCAGUGAGACAUGUUGUAAUGGAACGUUUAUUCCUACCUCAAAUCAUGGUUGUUGUAAUGAAGUUCCCUUUAAAAAGGGUCAUGAUGUUGAGUGCUGUGCUAGAGAACUGUACGACAAGACAUCACAUCUCUGCUGUAAGUCACAGUCAAGUUACAUGACUGUCCAACCAAAACUGUCAGCCGACCAUACUGCUUGUUGCAAAUCCCCAGAGACAAACCAGAUGAAAACCUUUAAUAAUUAUACCGAGGAAUGUGUUAACGGACAAGUGAGAGAAAAAGUUUCAAAUAAUGUUGUCACCCCUCGGCAAAUUUCUGAAAUAAACCCCCCAAAGAAGCCUGCCAGAUGUGAAUUCUGUAGAAAUAGACUCGAUGCUGCUCAUUGUAAAAAAGCAAAUGUGUACGAAUUCUUCGUGUAUGAUCAACGAGAGAGUGAAAAUGGCACAAUCUUUAAUGCCAUUAUUCUUCAGCCAUUUAGAAGAAGUGGAAAAAUUCUAACUGGUGAAAAGAUAAAGAUUAGAACCCGUAACCAGUGCGAAUGUUUCAAACCCAAAAGGAGUUUUUACCUCUUCACAAAUCGUAAAAUCAAAAGUUUAAAACAAAAUAGAUAUAAUAUACGAUUUACAUCCAGUGAUGUAUUCAUACGCAAGACUGAACAUUCUUUAGUAGUUAAAUGUCUUACACAACACCAUUUAGGCACCAAUAAGAGUAGGCGUCGUCACUCAUGAGGUCAGGAGUUUUCUUGCCACUAAUUUAUAAUACGAGAUUAUUUUUUCACGUCAAAAUUUGAAGCUUCAAGUUUUACUAUCACAAAAAUAACUAAUUAUUAUAGAAAAUAUGAAUUUGUCUUUUGUUUGAGAAUAAAGAUAAAGUAGCCCAAGGUAAAACCAGGUAAAAGUUAUAUGUGUAACUAUUGUUUAUGGUUAAAGUACAUUUAAUAUACUCUGAAUAGGUGAUACUGAUGUCUUGUUUUUUUUCUAAAUGAAAAGAAAACCUUUAUGAUGUAAGUUUGAAUGUUUCUUAGUUUAGACUACUAUGUACAAUUUGUAUAUACAUGUAUAUAUUGUUUUCUUAGGAUUGUUACAUGAACAAUUAGACUAGCACUGAAAAUUA